CAAGUAUAGAUACGGACGCGAAAAUACGGCGAACAUACCACCCUAACUCUUUGUGGGGUAGGGCUGUAACGUGAACGCAAAACACUGUGAAUUUUAGUCAAAAUACAAAAUCAGUGGGUGUAGCAUUUUUUUUAUUUUUAUAAAACAAAACUGGCACAUCUUUUUUUUUGGACUUUCUGUAAAAUAGAUUUGCCGCAAAAGGCAUUUAACUACUUGGCCGGAAAAUUAGUCAGCGCUCAGGCCUCUCACCCGGAUUACGUUUCCAAUAAAUGAAUGACAUAACAUAGGUAUUACGUUACGAAAAUAUUUUUUAAUACAUCCUUUUUUUAUUGAUGCAAAAAAAGAAUGUCCAAUUCGAAUUUCGAAGCACAAACAAAUCAAUUCCCACCGCCGAUCAAAAUAAAGCGUUACUGAGAAUUAAUUUGCGAGUCAAAAAGUCGUGUCGCUGUUUUUAUACAUUUCGAGAACAAUAAUGUAUACGUUAGCAGUUUUUUUAGACCAAAUAAAAUAGUAAAGCACACACAUCCGCGAUGAACGGAGCUCAGUUGUGAACGAGGCAUCGUCGACAAUGUAACGAAUAAAUGGAUUUGAUAAUAUAUUAAUUUCGUAGUAAAAUUUACUUUAAGUGCCAGUGAACAUGUUUGGACUUCGUGUUGUGAGUUUUCUAAUGUGUUUAACAUCGGUUUUUGGUAUUUACAUCUCGAACCUGAACGAGUCCUGUAUCAGGUGUCUGUGCCACAUAUCUGGCUGCGACACCGGCCACGGCUGCUCUGAAGGAUACUGCGGGCCCUUCUACAUUUCCCGGGUCUACUGGGCCGACGCUGGCAAGCCUACCCUGCCUGAAGAUGACCCUAACAGGGAGAAAUCAUUCGAGGACUGCGCUAGGAACUAUCAUUGUUCGAUAAAAAUCGUUACAAGCUACCUCGCAAAAUUCGGAAAAGACUGCAAUUACGACGGUGUUACGGACUGUUAUGACUACAUGAUGAUCAACCACAAUGGUGGCGGUGCCUGCCACGCACCCUUACAACAGACAGAGCUUGGCCGCGCCAGGCUCGAACUGUUCCAGCAGUGUCGCUUCUAGAACGUUGUGGAAUAUUCUAGAACGUUCUACAGCGAAGUAUCAAACACUAUGGCGGCGAUGCAUGCCAUGCACCCCAGCAGCAGACAGAGUUUGGCCGCGCCAGACUCGAACUGUUCCAGCAGUGUCGCUUCUAGAACGUUGCGGAAUAUUCUAGAACGUUCUACAGCGAAGUAUCAAAUACUAUGGCGGCGAUGCAUGCCAUGCACCCCAGCAGCAGACAGAGUUUGGCCGCGCCAGGCUCGAACUGUUCCAGCAGUGUCGCUUCUAGAACGUUGCGGAAUAUUCUAGAACGUUCUACAGCGAAGUAUCAAAUACUAUGGCGGCGAUGCAUGCCAUGCACCCCAGCAGCAGACAGAGUUUGGCCGCGCCAGGCUCGAACUGUUCCAGCAGUGUCGCUUCUAGAACGUUGCGGAAUAUUCUAGAACGUUCUACAGCGAAGUAUCAAACACUAUGGCGGCGAUAUCUGCCAAGCGCCUCAGCAGCAGACAGAGUUUGGCCGCGCCAGACUCGAACUAUUUAGAAAUAAUGGACACGCGAACGUUGUGGGACAUUCUAGAACGGCCGUUAAAAACUUGUACUUCGUCUUAGCGGUUUGGUAACUCAAGAUCGCAUUGUAGAUUUUUUUUUACAAAGUGUCUCAUAAUUAUGUCAUUUUUGUGUUGCUAUUACCUGUAAGCUGGAGUUAAGCCUCCCCUACUUCUAUUAUUGUUCAAAUCAAAUCAAUCAAUCAAAUAUACAUCAUUGCACAGAACUAAAUUUCAACAAUCAGACAUAACACAUGAAUACAGUACAAUUUGGGCGGCCCUAUUGGUCUAGAGCAAUUUCUUCCAGGCAACCAUUGUUUCGUUAUGAUGCAAAGUAAGUAAGUAAGUACUUUAAUUGUAGAAAAAAGCCACUCAUUGCGUAAAUAUUUCCUAAACUGUGAUAUUUGUUUCUCUAUUCUAAUAAGUAUAUAUAAUUUAUUAUGUUGUUUAUUAUUUAUUAUUACUUUAUACUAUUUUUUUUUGUUAUAUAUUCUAAUUUGUCAUAAUACUUAAUGUUGUUAGUAAAUGCAUUUAAUAGUGAAGUGACUUAAGCUUGAUAUUAUUAUAAAAAUAU